CAAAAGCGCUUCUUUGAUCGAGAGAAAGAAAAUCGGAUUGGAUAUAAUAAGCAAAGAAAACAAAAAUGCUGAAACAUUUGUUCAUUGUAUUUGUCGUUUUGAUAUUGCAAUCUAGCUCUCACGCGUCGAAUGAUUUCGACGAAGAGGACAUAGAGGCGGAGAGUCCGCAAGUGGCCGAUUCAUUUCCUAGAGCUUACGCAUUUGCUCCGUAUCCUUGGCAACAAUGGAAUUUUCAAUCCUACCAGCUACACCCUCGUAUUCAACAACGAGACGAUGAUGAGGGGGACUCCGUUCCACACGCUGAUCCGCGUUUCGUUACCAAUCGUUGUCAUUCAGCACAUUCGUAUACAACUACAACCUACCCUGUUUGCACGUCAACAUGGACAACAACUGUGACUGUAACGAGUAUCAUCACUAAUUCAUCAAUUACGACUACAAGCAGCACAACUGAAAGUACUAGUACUACAAGCAUCACAACUGAAAGUACAACUCCCACAACUAUUCCUGCAUUUUCAGUAUUUGCUUCUUCGCCUGGUCCUCUCUAAAUAUUUCUUGUUGGGGGCAAAUUAAUGAAACAUUGGGUUUGUAGAAAGUGUCCCUCUUUGUAUUGGCUGUGGGAUUUUAAAUCAAGUUUCAGAAUAAAUA